CAACAUAUUAAUCAAUGCCAAUAAUAUGUCUAAUCGUAUCGUAAAACUGUGUGACUUUGGUUUAGCCAUAGAUCACGACAUCAAUAGACACACUGCGAGCCGAUACGAGCACUCAAUUGCGGGCACUUUAGGGUAUAUGGCACCCGAAGUACUCUCUGGACGACAAUAUAACUACAAAUCAGACAUUUAUAGUCUGUAUUUAAUCGGCGAAGAGUUGUUUGGCAUUGAUUUCCAGUCCUUAAAUUUUCAAAGCGAGUACAGCGCCGGCCACUCGACAGUCGACUGUAAGCGUGUGUGCGGUGAGAGUCCCGACUGUUAUCACGAGUACUACCAGAUUGUCCAGACGGAGACCUACUAUCCCUGGCCGACCAACGUUACCGGUGCUGACCAAACAGUCCAUGUAUUUGAGUUCACGGCACCGUCGCUGCCGAUGCAAACCUAUCGCCAAAAUCCGGCGCUCAGUUUGACUGAAUAUUUGUGUUUAGUUAGCGGUAUAUUCAGCUUAUGGUUCGGCUUCUCGUUGCUCUUCGUGUCCGAUUUGUGUGUCUCAUCGAUGGUCACACUCUAUCGCAAAUAUAAUCAACAA